CAUUCACUAAUUACGUUAUAGUGUAAACUUCCUCCAACCUCCACUCCCCACCUCCCUCCUACUUUCUUUCUCCUCCGCUUCGUCACCCUCUCUCUCUCCACCCCUAGAAUGUGAGAGAAAAGAAAUCAACAAACGCCAAACCAGCAUCCAACAUACAUAGUCUCUACACGGCGGUGGUGGGCCGGGUUAUAUAUAUAUAUAUGGAGACCGCGACGGAAGAGGCAGCGGCGACGCCGUGUUUGAAUACGGACCUCAUUACGAAAGGCAAACGAACCAAGAGAGAAAGACCUAAUUCCCCGGUUUCCUUCACCAUCACACCACCCCCACGCGCCGCCGCCUCAUCGGAGGAGAGUACCACGACGGAGGAAGCCGACACCGCCAGGUGCCUCAUCCUCCUCUCCCGGGGCCACUUCAACAACAACCGCCGCAGCGACGCCGCGACCACCUCCUACGGCGGCGGCGGAGCGUGCAUAUACACAUGCAAGACGUGCAACAGGUCCUUCUCAUCCUUUCAGGCCCUGGGCGGCCACCGCGCCAGCCACAAGAAGCCUAGAAACGAGAAGCGGUACGCCAUAUUCUCCGACGAGGAGGAUUUGACGUCGCCGUCGUCGUCGUCGAGGAACAAAUUCUCUCCGACCUCUCUCUCCCUUCAGCUGAGCAGCGUGUCGACCACCACCACCACCGCAGUGAAGUCGCCGAGGGUCCACGAGUGCUCCUAUUGCGGGGCCGAGUUCGCUUCCGGCCAGGCCCUCGGCGGCCACAUGAGGAAGCACCGCGGCGGCGCCGCCCCAUCGCCUCGAGGCGUUGAUGAGGUGGAGGCCGGAAAGUGGCUGUCGUUGGAUCUCAAUCUUCCGGCGCCGGAAGAUGAGAGAGAAAGAAGCCCUAACCGGAUUCCUCCACCAUUACUACUCCACCCUUGAUUUAUUUUCACAUUAUACUUUUGGAAGGUUUUAAAGUAUUGACCACCUUCCACAAUUGUGCAUUUUGACUCACCACUGUAUAUAACAAUUUUUGUAAGGAAAAUAUUUCCUGCAAUUCUUUUUUUUUUUUUUUUGUAAACUAGUAGCUCAUGACAUUCUUUGAAUUCUGUAAAUAGUUUCAUUUUACUUUGUUUUACACUUUUAUUCCAUCUCAUAAUUAUAAUAUAUGAGGAUUAAGUUGGAGAGUAUUUGAAUUCUA